CGAGCAGAAGAAAGAACCCUCUGCUGGAAAUUUCAACGCCAUCUUCGGGCUCAGAAUCUUCGCGGAUCGCUGGGGAGUGAAAUCGUACAAAAAUCAGAAUCUGUCGGAAUUUUUAGAUCAAAAAAUAUAAAAACAAGUUCCUGUCCAGCGAGGAGUAACUUGUGAUAUCGCAUGAGAAAAAAAGACGAAGUAGUCGGUGCAUAAGUGCGAGACGGAAGUGGAAAGAGAAUUUGUUCAGUAUGAGAAUGCAGUGCCUUAUCUUUCUUGCUGGAAGUUCCAAGAAAUCUUUUCGCUAGUGAUAUUAUUUUAAAAUGUAAAUAAAGUGCAUUGAAGAAAAUUUUCUAAAUCUGCUGAAAAAGGGUGGAGCUGGUCAGAAGUCGAAUGCAAAUUGCCCCGAUCUGCUACGGGAGCGGUAAUAAGAAGCAGCAUCUUAGCAGCCGUUGAAUCGAAUAAAAGCAACAACACAACAUACCUACUUGGAUUGGCCUACAGAGAACCAAGUUUUCAAUCGGUUUGCUUUGUUGGAUUGUGCGUUGUUUGCCGGUGGAAAACUCCAGUGAGGCAUAGAACAACGAAAUCCAAUUAAACUCGAACAGUUCGAUCUGUUUUCCGUAACAGUGUGAGCGAGGGGAUAAAGUAGCGGAGCAACAGGUGGGAGAAGUGGAGUAAGCUCCCGGAAGAUUUUAACUGCGUGUUGCUUUGAUCAUUUUUUCAACUCGCGUUAGAAUCGCCGGUAAAAAAAUCGAGAAGAAAGUUAGCACAUCGUGAACCGACCGGAAAAAAGGGAAGGGGAGCAGAAAACAAGCAGCCGGGAGCAAACAGAUGACGACGAAUAAAGAAGUCUAUCACGAAGGCUGGCUGAUCAAAUCGCCUCCUACGAAGCGAAUCUGGCGAGCGCGAUGGCGACGCCGUUGGUUCACGCUGAAGCAGGGCGAGCUUCCCGGCCAGUAUGUGUUGGAAUAUUACACCGACCGCAAGUGCCGGAAGCUGAAGGGAAUCAUCGAUCUGGAUCAGUGCGAACAAGUGGACGCUGGGCUGCGUUUGGACCGUCAGAAGGAAAAAUAUGCGCACAUGUUCGAUGUAAAGACUCCAACAAGGACGUACUAUCUUGCGGCGGAUACCGAGGAAGACAUGCGUGGGUGGGUAAAUUGCAUCUGCCAGGUGUGUCAGUUGCAGGAGACACAGACAAAUGAAGAAUCGAGGCCGUACUACAACAUCAGUGCGAUCAACACCGGGGAUGCGAUAAACAUGGCGACGGAUGUUCCCGGGCAUUGCGAUCAGCAGCAGCAAGACCAUUCAAAUGAUACUGAGAUUUCGUUUUUGAAUCAUUCGUCUUUGGGAGAGGUACAAGAGGUGCAACCUCAGCCUAGGCAAUCAACAAUGGUGGGUUACAAUCCGCAUGGAACUUAUCAGAACGAAGAGAUGUUGAAUUUUCGGGCAUCGGAGUACAGUAAAAGAGAAACGAUCAUUAGUGACUCAAAAUUGAGUCAAAACCAAUCGACGCCUAGAAAUAAUAACGUCGAAGCCUAUUCAAAUUUGGGUACGAUCGAACGGUCGCAAUCAUUGCGUGGAAAACCAACUCCACCCGACAAGGGUGCUUCUGUUCCAAUUCCAGUUGGAAAUCAUAUGCGAACUCAAUCUCUCAACACAGACCAAAAAACUAUAGCAUCCGUUGUGGCAAAUAGUGCAAAGAAAAUUCCUGAAAACCUAAAAUUAAACGAUCGAAUGACCGCUGGAGGAGCCGAUAGUGGAACCGAACAACCCUCUCCUGCGCUGAGUACUUCUUCUGGGCCGUACAUUCCGAUUCACGAGUGCUUUUCCGGCAGUCCGAUGCUGCAUUCGCCGAUCACCCCACUGAACUCGUUAGAUCCUCGCUUUUACGACACCCCCAGAAGUCAUCCAAAUUCCGGUUUCAAUCUGAUCAAUAAUGAGCAGCCGUAUUCUCCGAAACGUAGCAACGUCACCGUCCCGGUUCAGCAUGCUACCAGCGGCUGCGCGAAGGCAUCUCGUAGUGGUAAAUCCAGUCCAUCCGACACGGAAAGCGUCUUUACGGAUGAUGAGAGUGCAGCAACGGCGUCAAUUGACUCUUCCCGAACGAAGGAUCGAAACACUAGACCUUCCGAUAGUUCCAUCGAGAACGACGCCAUCGGGUGGACGUACGUGCAACGUUUCGCCCGAGUGUCGCAAGACGAUCAAUCGAAAACAGCCGGCUUGCCGGCUGCAUCCGCCCCACCCAGGCCACCAAAGAGAACUAGUUUAAUUCUGGAUAGUAUUGAGAAACACAAAGAUAUUCAGUCUUCUGACACAGAGAAUGCUUCCCCAGCAAUUGGCCCAAAAGAUGCUUCUUCGUGUGUGGAGCAGUUCUACGAUAUCCCACGAUCGCAUCAACCUGGACAAUAUCCAGGCGGUAGCAGUAUGAUGCACCUACCGGAAGCAGAUUUACUUUCACCGCUUAGUCAAUGUGAUUUGAUUGCAUCCAGCACACCCAAUUUGAUGGCCAGCGGCAGCACGAAUGGCAGCCAAUGUGGAACACUUGGUCGUGGAACGCUUCGUCCGCACUGUUACACCAAUGCCGCACCACAACACAUCGAGGGCAACGUGUUUCGGUUCGAUUUCAGCGAACAGGGUGACGCGCCGGCAAUCAAUCGCAAUUUGAAACCCAAAUCGUCCGUCGACAUUACCAAAUCGGUCGAGAGCGUUGGGCAAUCGUUCAAGCAGAUUAGCUUUACGCCAGCAGUGAAUGUUCCGACAACACCGGCCAUGAAAAACCAACCGCCAAAUGUCGACCGGAGAAAAAAGCCAACCACUCCACAGAUUGGCACGAAUUCAAUGCGACGUAAGGGUGGACCUAUUUCACUUACUAUUCAGAAUCAUAACGAGAAUGUUUAUGGAAAUACACAAGAGCAUGGCAUGCAGCAUUUUACGGGAAUUUCUCCACGCACCCCUAUUAAAAGCGACGACUGCUUGCAGUACCUCGAUCUCGAUCACUCGAACAGCCCCCAAAAGUCAUCCGGUCAUCACCAUCACGGUUCGAUCGGUGGAGGUCACCCUACAGCAGUUAACCACAUCGGCAGUAAUGGUUUAGUUGGUUCCAACAGCUUAGCUGCACCACCCGUUACACGCACACCGUACACAACGGUUGACUUUGUUAAAACUGAUGCGCUGAACCGCAUUCGCGAGGACUCGGAAGCUAGUCGCAAACUGAAGGAAUAGUUUUAGCUUAAAUGUAAGUAUCAAUUGAACAAGUUUGUAUGGUCAGUUGCCCGCGACUGAACGCAUAAUUUCAAGCGCACAUUGAAAAAUGUUGGUUUCGUUCAAAAGUGCAAUUAAUUAAUGAUGCCUUACUGUAAUACGUAAUAUGAAAAAAAAAAUCCAAAAAUAGUAGUUUGAAAACACAAUGAACUUUUUAUUGCAUUUAAAAAAUCUACGUAAGUUUUCAAUUAGCUGUAGGCAUACUAGAAAACUGUGAUUUCAAAAGGAAAUUGAGUUCAAGCAACAGAACGUUUUCUUUAAAAAACGAAACGAAAUGUAGAUCCAAAUCGAACAUUGAUAUUAGAACGAUUUCGCACAAAGUGAAGCAAAGAAGUAUUUUUUUUAACUGUAGCAUAUAAAUUAGCAAAUGAGUAAGCAACAAUUUUAGAACGACAUGAAUAUUUCCGAAGCAUUACGAGAUAGUUACGCCAGAAAAUCCAAUGAUCAUCGUCCAAUCGUAUUCCAUACAAGAAACAAAAACAGAAAACAACGUAAAAUCAUGUAACGUUUGUAUUAAUGUUUAACUGAUAUUUUCGGUAUCGUAUAUUCACAGUCCAGUUUAGGUUAAAAUGAAAAUAUGUACUUCCUUUAGUCACAAAUUUAUAUUCGUUCAUUGUUAGGUGUAGCAAAUAUUUUAUAUGCUAUUAGGAUUUUAUAAAAAUCAACAAUUUUAUAGAGGGCUAAAGUUGCAUGCUGGGAAAGGGAGCAUUCGCACUAUUUUAUGGAAAAAUAACCAUUGCUAGUUGAUACUUAUUCCAUAUGUCUAUAUGCACGUAAACUAUGUCAAUAUACAUCAAAUUCACACUGUAA